UAAAAACCAGCAAAAACCUGAGAACCACAAACCUGCAGCUCCAACCUGCUUCACAUUUCAUCAAACCAGGUCUAACUGAACACACUCAGGAUGCAGAAGUGGAUCGGCGGUGUCUGUUUCUCUCUGGUUUUUGGGGCACUUUUGACAGAGACGCUGGGAAUGGUCAUUGCGGCUAAAGAGAAGCGCGGCUGGACCCUGAACAGCGCCGGAUAUCUGCUCGGUCCCCGUCGUAUUGAUCAUCUAAUACAGAUAAAGGAAGCUCCCAGUGCAAGGGGGAGAGAAGAGCUGCUUGGUGAAUAUGCCAUCGACAGCCACAGGAUGUUCAGCGAUAAGCACGGCCUGGCCGGGAAGAGGGACGCGGCCGUGGAGGACGAGCUCAAAUCGGGAUCUUUAAGAAUAUCAGACGAAGACAUCGUCCACAACAUCGUCGGCUUCCUGUCGUAUCUCAAACUGAGAGAUAUGGGCGCCCUGGACAACCUGCCGUUCUCUCUGACCUCAGAGGAAAUGAACCAACCCUGAAGCUCUCAGCACAGCGAGGCUCCGUUCUGACCCCUGGCGUGACCGUCUGAACUCCGUCUCCGUUACUGUCGUCCGCUUCAGUCUCAUUCUGGUGGCUGAUGUGAACUGAUGUGUGGAUAAAUAAAAGUUGUAAAUGGC